UACGCCCAGAACGUUUUUUUCUGAAUUACAUUUUUGCUUAUUACAAAGAGUAUAAUUUAUUUUAUCGUUUCUAUAUUAAUAAGGAUAAGGCUUGAUAGAUCAUAUUUCAUUCCUUAUUACUCCUAGUAAAAUGAUGGGUGAUGUAGAUAAAUGGAUUGAAAUCGCUAAGAGAUGUAAAUAUCUACCCGAAGAUGAUUUGCGCGAGCUUUGUAACAUCGUCUGCGACUUGUUACUGGAGGAACCGAAUGUUCAACCGGUACAGACACCUGUAACUGUAUGCGGAGACAUUCAUGGCCAGUUCUAUGACUUAGAGGAACUUUUUCAUAUAGGUGGUCAGGUUCCAGAUACUCAAUAUAUAUUCAUGGGAGAUUAUGUAGAUAGAGGGUAUUAUAGUCUAGAAACUCUUACCCUACUAAUGGCACUGAAAGCACGGUACCCAGAUAGGAUAGUUUUACUUAGAGGAAAUCAUGAAACAUGUCAAAUAACAAAAGUAUAUGGUUUUUAUGAUGAAUGCCUGAACAAGUAUGGUAAUGCAAAUGCAUGGAAGGAUUGUUGCAGAGUUUUUAACUUGCUUGCAGUGGCAGCUUUAAUAGAUGAAACAGUAUUGUGUGUCCAUGGAGGACUAUCACCUGAAAUAUCAAUGUUAGAUCAGAUCAGAUGUAUUGACAGAAACCAGCAAAUACCUCACAAAGGCGCCUUUUGUGACUUGCUAUGGUCUGAUCCAGCUGAUAAUCAACUUGAGUUAUGGUCAGUAAGUCCCAGAGGAGCAGGAUGGCUAUUUGGCAGCUAUGUUACAGAGCUUUUUAUGAAUUACAAUAAUUUGAAUUUAAUUUGUCGAGCACAUCAACUUGUAAAUGAUGGUUAUAAAUAUAUGUUUGAUAAGCGAUUAGUCACAGUAUGGUCAGCUCCAAACUAUUGUUACCGGUGUGGUAAUGUGGCCUCAAUUUUGGAGUUCAAGACAGUCAAUGACAGGAAUGCUAAAAUUUUCCAAGCAGUGCCUGAUAGUGAGAGAGAAGUACCACCUCAGCACACUACACCAUACUUUCUAUAAGUUAAACUAAGUGUAAAAUAAAUAUUCCAAGUAAUUAUAUCAUAAUUUUGUAUAGUAAAUUGUUGUAUAUUAAUAAAA